CAAAUUAAGGCCUAGUUCUUACCUCUCUUUAAUUCUCUCUCUCUCUUUUGUUGUUGAUAUUUCCAAAGCCACACCACCUUUAGCACUCUGAUUUCACCGUUGACAAUAUCAAUAUGGCUCAAGAAUCCAUUUCGGGCAAUUUGAAAGACCUUUCUUUGAACAGUAAUGAUAUGGCAACAAAUAAGUCUAAUUUAGUUGUUUGCUUUGGAGAGAUGCUAAUUGACUUCAUCCCAACUGUCGGUGGAGUUUCACUUGCGGAAGCUCCUGCCUUUGAAAAAGCUCCCGGUGGUGCACCUGCUAAUGUUGCUGUGUGCAUCUCCAAGUUGGGGGGUUCAUCUGCUUUUAUUGGAAAGGUCGGUGAGGAUGAUUUCGGCCGUUUGUUGGCUGACAUUUUGAAGCAACACAAUGUUGACAAUUCUGGCUUACGGUUCGACCAUGACGCAAGGACUGCACUGGCAUUUGUUACACUCACAGCUGAAGGUGAGCGGGAAUUUGUGUUCUUCCGCAAUCCUAGUGCUGAUAUGCUUCUUCGAGAGUCAGAACUCAACAUAGAUCUAAUUAAAAAGGCCACCAUCUUCCAUUAUGGCUCGAUUAGUUUGAUCGACGAACCCUGUAGGUCAACACAACUUGCUGCAAUGGACAUUGCCAAAAGAUCAGGUAGCAUACUCUCGUAUGAUCCGAACCUGAGAUUGCCUUUAUGGCCUUCAGAAGAUGCUGCCCGAAGUGGAAUAAUGAGUGUAUGGAACCUAGCAGAUAUUAUUAAGGUAAGUGAGGAUGAAAUUUCGUUCUUGACUGGAGGUGAUGAUCCAAAUGAUGAUGAGGUGGUGUUGAAGAGGCUUUUCCAUCCUAAUCUGAAGCUUUUGCUUGUAACUGAAGGUUCAGCUGGUUGCAGAUAUUACACCAAGGAAUUCAAGGGAAGAGUAAAUUCAAUUAAAGUGAAAGUUGUUGAUACAACUGGUGCUGGUGAUGCAUUUGUCGGUGGAAUUCUAAAGUGUCUAGCUUCUGAUUCUGAUCUUUAUCAGGAUGAGAAGCGGUUAAGGGACGCUAUCUUUUUUGCUAAUGUUUGUGCUGCCCUGACAGUUACAGGAAGAGGUGGAAUUCCUGCUCUUCCUACACAAGAUGCAGUUCAACGGAAACUCUCCGAGGUCACUGCAUAAGAAGGCAGAACAAGUUUUGUUCUUAUCAUAUGUUGUAUCUGCAUUAUUCUAGAUUUAUUAUCUUCACAAUGGGCGAUUCAUUUUCCUUUUCGUCUCUGGUUUCUGCUGUUUAGUUCCUCUCUUUGGAAAGAACUUGCAGCCAAAGAGACAUUCAAGAGAUACAAGAAAAAUAGCGUAGCGUCUUCUGUCAGUCAUAUACAAGCUUUGAUGUCUGCGAUACAUCUGAUCCUUGUUACGGAUCCAUCAGAUCAUGGUAUACUGAGGAUAUUAAAACAGGCAGGAUAGAGAAGAUUACUGUUGGAUUUUGACAUUAACUGCGUGUAAAGGAAAAAAAACAAAGAAUGACUAUCCAUCUUUUGUUGCUGUUAUCCAAAAUAAUGGUACCACUGUACCAAUGCCAUUUAUUUCCUUUUCAAGAGGCUUUCUUCUGUUUC